AUGGCUCGCCCACGGUCAAAAUUCGGCCAGUGCGGUGGCCAAGGCUGGAGCGGCUCCACAUCCUGCGUAUCAGGUUACACCUGCACCGUCCUCAACGACUGGUACCACCAAUGUCUCCCAGGAUCCAACAAUCCCGCACCACCAGUGACGACCCAGCCCCCUCCCGUCGUCACCCCUCCUCCCCCCGCCGCCACGACCACCCCCAAUAACCCCGCCCCCACGCAAGGCGGUACCGAACUCCCCUUCGGCACCCUCGUCACCGGAUGCAGCGUCCCAAACACCAUCGCCAUCACCUUUGAUGACGGUCCCUACACCUGGACCUCUGGCUUGAUCGACUCGCUCGAUCGCGCUGGCGUCAAGGCCACCUUCUUCGUCGUUGGAAGGAUGUACGGCUGCAUCUACGACUACGCCGAUGUUCUCAAGAAGGCUUACAACUCGGGUCACCAAAUCGCCUCGCACACCUGGUCGCACGCCAACCUCUCGGGCCAGUCCGAGUCCAACGUCCGCAACGAAAUGACUCGCCUCGAGACUGCUCUCCAGAAGAUCCUCGGUAUUCGUCCCAAGUGGUUCCGCCCACCUUAUGGCGCUCAGAACCAGAACUUGCUCAACAUCAUGAGGAGCUUGAGGUACAAGACCGUCACCUGGAACUUGGACACCGAAGAUUGGAACAACGUCUCCGUCCAAACCUCCCAAGCCAAAUUCAACGCGCUCAACAACAACCGCGAUCCCAAGAUCAUCCCCCUCGCUCACGACGCUCUCCAAUCCACCGCCCAACAGCUCGGUCCCUGGAUUGCCAACUGGGCCAACCAGCGUGGUCUCAAGGCCGUCACCCUCUCCGAGUGCUUGGGCGAGCCUAUCCCCGGUGGACAGUACGACAUCGUUGGCCAGCCUACGCCUAGGGAUAACACCUGGACUUGCUAA